AUGAAAAGGCAGAUCGUCUCCAGGGCCUUCUACGGAUGUAAGUCUGUCUGUGUUCUUUCUCUCAGAGUUGUUUGUUUCUCAGGUCCUGUGGCGUAAAGGAAGAGACCUCCUGUCUUCUUUUAUGCCUCUCUUUCUUUCUCUCCUUCCUUCCCUUGUCUUCCCUUCUUCUCUCUUUCUAAUGUCCUCUCUCUCUCUUUCUCCCCUCCCCCCUCCCUCCCUCCCUCCCUCCCUCCCUCCCUCCCUCCCUCCCUCCCCUCCCUCCCUCCCUCCCCCCUCCCCCCCCCCCCUCCCCCCUCCCUCCCUCCCCCCCUCCCUCCCUCCCUCCCUCCCUCCCUCCCUCCCCCCAGGGCUGGCCUACUGUCGACACCUGUCCACGGUCCGUACCCAUCUGUCAGCACUGGUCAACCACAACAUUGUCCCUCCUGACAAACCUUGCGAGGCGUCGGGGGGCCUGAGUAAAGACGUGUGGAGCAAGUACCAGAAAGACUGCAAGGUGGGUUAG